AUGGGUGAUUCAAUCCACCAGUCGUUGUCCCCAUCAUCGGUAAUAUGCACAAACCAAGAAGAUUCCGCAAGGCAAACUUUCAAUCGCCCGCUUCCUCUUCGGCCGUCUGUACAUGGUCGAGAACAACUUGAGUCGGAUGAGAUUACUCACCCACCAAGUAACGAAGAGCAGAUGGAAGAUAGAUUGACAUACCAGUCAAGUCCCGCAGUUGUUCCAUCGUUGGGCAACCUGAAUUGGCUUUACAAUGAUGCCAGUCUUUCAGAAAUGUUGAGUCCAAGAUCGAGAUACAGACAUGAUCCUAGACCAGAUCACAUCACAUCAGAUCUCUCCAUUUAUCACCCGAGCUACCAGGAAGUCGACCAGAAAGUGAAAGAGAUUAAGGAUGAGUUAGCACUUAUAUGCGAGGAGGGAGCCAAACAGGGUAACGCGUCAUGGGGUGAGCUAGCCCGGACUAUAAGAACCGAUCGUUCACCUUAUGUUAACAAGCCGAUACGUGUUGGCGUUGUGGGAGACAUUGGGCAAGGGAAGUCCUACCUCAUUGGAGCACUGCUCGACGAUGUAGAAAUUGUCAUGCAUGGAGACGACGGCGAAAGCUGUACGCGCGUCAUUCUCGAGUACCAUUACUGGGCUGGAUUACCAGGGUCCAGAUACAUGGCUUUAGUCACUUUUUUCAGAUGGGAACUUGUGCGAAGGCGACUGGAGGAAGCCUUCCAGGACAUGAACAACGGUCUGUUCCCUUUCGAAGACGAUGGCGAACAUGGACUUGACGAUAACAUUUCCGGCCGUGUGGACGAAGACUAUACAGAGGCUAAGACGGAAGCCGCCAUUGGUAUCUUUAUGGCAAUCUUUCGAAACCAUCCGGAUUUCAAGGGCAGAAAUGCCAUAACAGAUUUCUUGUCCAGGAGCACACAGUCGUAUUCACGCCAUGACGUCCGAGACGACCUUAUUGGCCAAGCCCAUGAUAUGUAUCGCAAAGUCCGAACUGACACUCGCGCGAUAUGUGCUUGUACGCCAGAUGAGCUCUGGUCUGGUAUAUCCCGCUUCACACAUGGUCGUCCAGCUGAUGCCAGGACGAACGAUAACGACCCCUGGCCUUUUGUUGAGCUCGUAUCGAUCCGCGGAAAAUUUGCUAUUCUCGAGAACAAUAUGAUUCUCGCUGAUACCCCAGGGCAGAACGAUAUCAACCUGCUUGCUCGCGCUAGCGUAGUGGACUACCUGCCACACUGCUCAGCCGUCAUAAUAUCGAGCAGUAUCGAUCGUAUUAUAUCCAAUAACAGCAUGUUGAAAAAGAUCACGGAAAUGCAACGAGAUCGUCUCGUGAUCGUAGCGGCUACGUUUUCUGAGAGGAUAAAUCUGAAAUCCAACGGAUCCAAACUAGAAUUCGAGCCGGACGAGAAGACAUAUUUUCAGAAUUUAAACACACAGCUCGAGCUACUUAGUCGGGCAGAGCUCAACCAGGACCUGCCCCCUGAAACUCAACAGCUGAUCCAGCUCAAGACACGCUUGUUAAAGUUCCAGAAGACUGAGCUUCUAGUCCAGGCACGGAAUAGGCGCGUCACCAAAAAGACCAAGGAACGGAAUCGGCUCGGCAUCGAAAAGAUCAUGGAUUGGAAACGGCGCGUCGUCACCAAUGCCAUAGAGCCUACGAUCCUACCUCUCGAAAUGUUUUGCGUAUCCGCUUAUGACUACCAGUGUGAUGUCAGUGGAUUUGCCUUUAAAGAACCCGCCAUUUUCCCUCUCACGCCAAACCAUACUGGAAUACCUGCGCUCAAGCAGUGCCUGGUUUCACAAUGUGCGCCGAAUCGAGCCCGAGAUCUUGUUCGCUUCGUAGCCUUCACAUUGCCAGACUACAUACGUAGCAUGCAGAUGGGAUCCUACGAGCGUACCACUGCGAUCCAGCCAACAUUUUCAGAAGAAACUGGAACACUGCGCGAUUUCUGUUUAACAAACGUAAACGCUCGCAUCAACAGACUGUUCGACGACAUUGAGAAGCGGCUACUAGACACAUUGCGAAGCUCCAAAUUCCCCAAAGGCCCCGUCCGCAGUUGGAACUACCUGUUGCUCAAGCCGAUACAGGACAAUCUCGAGACUGUUCUCCAAGCCGUGGAAGAAAGUAUGCAAGACGAGCUCCGCUACGUGAGAUGGGAGAUUUCAUCAGCGACUGAAUAUCUUGAUUCGAAAAUUCGCGGCAACGGCCCUAGACCGAUGACAGUUGAGCUAGAUGCACUCCUGAAAAGCCUCAAUUACAAAGCCGUAAUGUUUCAGGACGUCAUGGACGCGUGCGCUCAGAAUAUGAUCGUCUUCAUGCGAGAUCAGAAGAACCGCUGUUGUACGGACACAGUCGGAAUAUCCUAUUUUCGAAACGCCAUGACUGCCGUAUACACUAAUAGUGCAGGUAUUAGACCAGCACAGCGCAGGAAGCAAACAGUUCAGCAAGCGCAGAUGGCAGUUUUUGAGCGGCAGGUCUGCGACGAACGGCCCAAUCCGUACGAGGCCAUUCUUUUGGGCUUAAAAGCGGCUAUCGAAUUGCAAAAGCAAUAUGUCAAAAACUUCGUCGUGGAGAAAAUUUGGAUCCUUUUCAUGGCCAUCGAUGAUGAUCUAGAGCGAUCGAGGGAAGAACGAGUGUUCCAGAACGAUCAGGAGUCUCAAUCGAUGCGUAGGCUAAGGAGUCAAGCCGUGUCGGAAGCAAUGCAGGUACUCGAGACUUUAGAGGCGAAAUUGACCGAGAGCAAGAUCGAUGUGGAGGCAAUCAAGGCCCAAUUGUCAGGGUCAACCACGCUGUAG